AUGGCGAGGGCUAGCUGGCAUCAACGGCAUGCCGUGCACAUCUUUUGCGUCGCGGCGCUGCUUCUCUCCCUCCUCUCAGACACAACCACCAUGGUUGCGGCCCAAAUGGACUGCGGCGACCUGACGGAGUGUCCGGGUCUCGGGCAGUGCGUGGAUCCGGACAAGCUGUGCGACAAGACGGCCAACUGCAAGGACAAGAGCGACGAGGCCGCGUGGUACUGCAACCCGCUCGACUGCUCCGACCCCGACACCACCGUCGAGUGCGUGGGCACGGACUAUUGCGUGAAGCCCACGCAAGUGUGCGACGGCAUCAUGCAGUGCCCGGGCGCCAUCGACGAGUCCCCCGGCUUCUGCCUCGACUACCGCAGCUCCAACUGCAACGAGGACCAGGUCAAGUGCACCGCCACCGCCGCGUGCACCAAGGGCUACAUGUGCGACGGCGUCGCGAAUUGCCCCAAGAUCAAGAACGCGAGCACCGGCGUGCUGUACGCGCCCGAUGAGGACCCCAAGUACUGCGCCGCGUACUCGUGCUUGGACGGGUUCCAGAAGUGCAGCGACGAGCUGCAGUGCGUGCUGGUCGAUGCCUUCUGCGACGGCAAGAAGGACUGCCUCGGAGGUGGUUCCACUGUGCAACAGCUCACCGCUCAGUACCAGGCCGCACUCAUCGCCCAGGACAAGGCAAAAGCAGCUGCUGAUGCUGCAGACGCCAAGGCGAGGCAGCUUCAGGCAGACGCCAACGCUGCUGGGACCGAAGCGGACCGGCUUCAGAGAGUGGCGAACACAGCUGUAGGGGCUACGGCCAAGGCGAAGAAAGACGCCGCUCAGAAGGCCAGGGCGGACGUUGCUACGAAACAGGCUGCUGCUGCCGCUGCCAAGGCGGACGCAGACAGCAAGGAGAAGGAGUAUGAGAGCGCGAAAGACACGGCGGAUAGGCUUCGGGAGAAGCUGAAGAAAGCGAUUAGCAAGGCGCAGAACGCGGGGAGCGUGAAGGCGUCAGGUGCCGCGGCGGAGAGGCUGACUUCGGCGGCGGAACGGGCUGCGAUGCAGAAGCAGAAGAAGCAGGAUGCGAUGUCGUUCGCACAGAACCAGCGACAGGUGAACCGGGUUAAGAAGUCGGAAAAGGCUUCUGUGGUGCUGGACCGAGCGCGGGCGGCGAAGAGCUUUUGGGACAAGUCAGUGUUUGAGCUGGAAGGGCUGAUGAAUGAUACUCUGGAUGCGGAAGCAUUGCUUAAUAAGAUGAGCGAGCGGUAUGACAAUCUGACGGGAGAUAUUUCGCGGCUGAAUCAGGAGAUUCGGAAGUAUCUGGCUACGGGGGAGAUGGAGAAGGUGCAGCUUCGGCAGAAGAAUGUUGCCCGAACCAAGAAGUGGCUUGACCAGACCAAGUCGGAUCGGGACGAGGCUUAUCAGGCGUACUUGGCGUCAAUGACUCUCCUUGAAGGUGGGGAGGGGGAUGUGUCGCUGAGGCGGAAGACAUACAUGCGGAUUGUGAAGGAGUCGAAUAUUCUCAACGGGAAGGACACGACGGAUCAGAUAAACGAUGGAUCUGAUGGCAGCACGGACGGUUCAGGUGACUCUUCAGGUGAUGGUUCAGGUGAUAGCACAGGUGGGGGUGAUGGUUCAGGUGAUGGUUCAGGGGAUGGCAGUGGUUCCAACGAGUGCCCCAGCAAGAAGGGAUGCUUCGCCAAGGGCGACUACUGCGACGGGGUGAAGAACUGCGCGGACGGCAGCGACGAGUGGCCCUGGCUCUGCAAUUUCGACAUGGACUGCGGCGCCCUCAACGCCACUCACAUUCUCUGUCCAGAUGCCCCAAGCGUUUGCAUCCUGCCCGGACAAUUCUGUGACGGGAAAACCGACUGCCCGGACUCACUGGACGAAAACCCCAAGUUCUGCUCGAAUUUCACCUGCCCAAGAAACAACAUCCGCUGCCCGGGACUCAACAUGUGCAAGCCUAACGGAACCCUCUGCAACGCGGUGGCCGACUGCCCCGCGAAGACAGCUGGCGGCAAGCCAGUGGACGAGGAUCCUGCGUUCUGCAAGCCAUACGUUUGCCCCAAGGGGUUCUCCAAGUGCAGUGACAAAGUGCAGUGUGUGGACGACGUGCUUCGCUGCAACGGCGUUGCUGACUGCAAAGAUGGUAGCGACGAAGUGGGGUGUGAGAAGUGGAACUGCACCAAAGGGUACCGCAAGUGCCGGAACCAGUUACAAUGUGCUUUGAAGAUCAAUUGGUGCAACAAAGUGCCUGACUGCAAAGAUGGGAGCGAUGAGGACAGAUGUGACAUUCCUCCCGCCCCCCCUAAGGCCCCAUCCACGGGUCCCCCCAAGGCUCCCCCCAAGGCUCCUCCUAAGGCUCCCCCCAAGGCUCCUCCCAAGGCCCCACCCAAGUCUUCUAAACGUCCACCACCCAAAUCUGUCAAACGCCCACCGAAACCCAGGUCUAAAAAAAAGUAA